AUGAAUCAUAAUCAUGAGCUAUUUAUUAUUUCUUCAAAAAGAAAAAAGAUUAAAGGAAAAUUUGCUGUAAAUAGGAAAUGUAUGAACCAAGUUUGGUCAAUUGAUUUGGCUCGAGAGAUGUCAAAUGCUAUUUAUCUUUUUGAUGCACGUUACGUCACGGAUUCCAAAACGUUCUUUUCCAUCUUUUUCGAAUAA